GUUCUUUCUAGUGAAAUAGCUGCACAAAUAAGUACCUUUGCACAUGGUUUAUAGAGUAACCUUUGGCAUGAACCAAGGUUUCAUUCUUUGGGCAAAAGGUGUCAAUCAGCUGAACUCUGUGACCACCGCUGCAUUUGGAGAGAACGUGACUCUCCAGUGCUUUCUGCUGGAAGAGGACAACACCGAUCCCAUCGUUUGGUACCAGCAAAAAACAGGACAGGAGCCUCGUAUAAUGGCCAUGACUCAGAAAUCAGUAGAGACUUCCUCUUACUACAGUGAAUUUAAACCUCCAAAGUUCACUGUUGUGAAGGGAAGAGGGUUCUGUCAUUUGAACAUUUCUAGCAUUGAACCUUCAGAUGAAGCCAUGUAUUACUGUGGCAUUAGAAGGUUUGAGAUUGUGUUUGGAAAGGGAGCAUUGUUAUCAGUGAAAGGAUAUUUAAAUAAAAAUGAUAAAUAUCAAGUAUCAGUGGUCCAAAGUCCAGUGCUGGGUGUGGUUUCCCCAGGAGAGUCAGUGUCUCUGCAGUGCACCGUCCUCUCUGAGAGGAGAACAGCAGAACUCCGAGUGCUCUGGUUCAGAGCUGCUGCAGGAGACUCCCAUCCUGAAAUCAUUUACAAUCAUCACAACAGCAGCCAUCAGUGUGAGAUCAGCUCUUCUCCACACAGCUGUGUGUACAACCUCUCCAAGAGUGUCCUCAACCUCUCUGAUACUGGCACUUACUACUGCGCUGUGGCCACCUGUGGCAAGAUCCUUCUUGGAAAUGGGACGACAGUAGAUUUGACCAAGACUGUUGGUCCUGCAGUGAUCUGGCUGGGAGCAGCUUUGGGAGCUUGUGUAAUUGUGAUCUUUGCUCAAGCCAUUUUAAUUUGUAAAUGGAGAAAUUGUCGACCCAGCAGUGAGAAACAAAGCACUGCUACAGUGAGAAAAAUCAAUCAGGACCAUGAUAGUGUGGAGCUGAGUUAUGCUGCCCUGCGUUUUAACGGGAGGAAAACUGGAAGAAAUCACAGGGAGAAGGAAUGGCCUCAAGACUGCGUGUACUCUGAUAUCAGAUGUCCCACUGUUACUGACCAAAGCUUGUUUGAUUAAAUCUCUUUGCCCUGCUGAUGAGCAUAAUUUACAAAUUUAGCAAAUACUGCCUUUUACACAGCACCAAUUCUGCUUCACAGUGUGUAAAAUGUUUUAAUUUCUAUUUGGGAAAAUAUUGACUAGAAAUAUUGAAGUCCCAUGUAAUGUCCCCAUCCACGUCUAUAAUUUGAUAAUUUGGUUAUUUAAUAUGCAGACAUCAUCAACAUGCAUAUGCAUUCCUUUCCUUUAUCAACACAGGCUUUUGCAAUCACAGCGUUCAGCACAAACAGACUGAGAGUCGGUGCUGGAUCCUUAAAUAUGAAGCUCUAUUUGAUGGUAGUGAGAUGAUGGUAAAGUGGUAAAGAUGAAUUCAGUAAGCUUAAGCUAAGGAUGUGUUCUUAUUUGUGCUUCUGAUCCUUCUGCACACUUUACUGAAAAAUGUACAGAUAUAAGGGGCGAAUGACUGGUCCUAAGAAAUGUAAAUGUAGGAUCCAGAAAUCUAAUUGUGCUCUGUUAAUUCCUUUUCUGCUUGUACAUUUUGUAGAUAAUUAUGAUAAUCUCACCCUGCGGCAACACUGUAUUAAUACAUUUUAUCUUGUUUUCAAACGUGGUGUAACUGCU